UGGGGAGAGAAAGGUGAAUGAUAAACGAUAUAAAAGGGGGCAUUAAAAGACGUCCAGCACUACUGAAGCUUUACCUGUAGACUUCUCUCACCUCCCACCAUGGAGUGGAGAACAUCUACAGUCUGCAUGCUGCUUCUGGCGCUUUCUGGUAUUCAGGUCGAUUCAAAAAAGGUCUCUCCUAGUAAUCAUGUCAACAGCAUCUGCAGCAUGUGGGGAAACUUCCACUUCAAGACCUUCGAUGGGGACGUCUAUCAAUUCCCAGGGAUGUGCGAGUACAACCUGGUGUCUGACUGCCAAAGCCUCAUUCGACAGUUUUCGAUUUACGUGAAGAGGACUGAACGCAGCACUGGCCCAAAGAUCAGCAGGGUCUCCAUAACCAUCAACGACAUCGCCAUUGAGUUGACCGAGAACCAAGUCAACGUCAAUGAAGCAAAAGUGACGCUGCCCGUCCAUGUGUCAGGAAUCCUUGUGGAAGAAAACACAAUUUACACCAGACUCUAUUCCAAAAUGGGCAUCACUGUCAUGUGGAACAAAGAUGAUGCAGUCAUGGUGGAACUGGACUCAAAGUAUUCCAAUCGCACUUGUGGAUUGUGUGGUGAUUUCAAUGGCAUUCCUGUUUAUAAUGAGUUUAUUCAAUCAGGACGAACUGUUGGAUACACUGAGUUUGGGAAUAUGCACAGAGUUCCCAACCCAACUCAUCAAUGCGAGGAUCCAUUUGAAAACGUGGAUGAGCAAAAUGUGGUGGACCAGUGUGAAAAAUAUCGGGCAGACUGCGCAGACCUUUUGGAGGAUGAAAAGUGGUCUUCUUGUAGCUGGGUUUUGGACCCUGAGGCUUAUAUUAAGGCAUGUACAAAUGAUCUCUGCAACCGUCAACCUGAAGACGAAGACACCACUGCACUCUGUGCAACUCUAACUGAGUAUUCACGACAGUGUUCACACGCUGGAGGAAAUCCACCCGCAUGGAGGACAGCAAAGUUCUGCAAUGUGCAGUGCCCCUACAAUAUGGUACAUUCUGAGAGCGGCUCCCCCUGUAUGGACACGUGCUCACACAAAGACACAAACGCACUGUGUGAGGAACACAACAUCGAUGGCUGCUUCUGCCCACCAGGAACUGUGUUUGAUGACAUCUCGGACACGGGCUGCAUCCCAGCAGAAAAGUGUCAGUGCAAACAUGACCGUGUGUACAGCUCUGGAGAGGUCCUGCGCAAAAGCGAGGAAGAAUGUUACUGUCAGGAGGGAAGCUGGGUGUGUAUGAGUAUUCCCGGGCCCGGUCUGUGUGCCGUAGAGGAAGGAUCUCACUUCACCACAUUUGAUGGGAAAGAAUUCACUUUCCAUGGAGACUGUAAUUACUUGCUUUCAAAAGACUGUGAGGAGUCCAAGUUCAUCAUACUGGGCCAGAUUGUUCCUUGUUUUACUCAUGAGACUGACACUUGUUUGAAAUCUAUCGUGGUGCUUUUUGACAACGACAAGAAAAAUCCUCUGUUUAUUAAAGCUGACGGGACGGUGCAACACAAUGCAGAAGUUUCACUUCCUUACAUGACAGCUGACUUCACAGUGUUCAGGCCGUCAUCUUUUCACAUCAUACUUCAGACUGUCUUUGGGCUGCAGGUGCAGGUACAGCUGGUUCCUCUCAUGCAGGUGUACAUCACUGUGGAUCAGAGCUUCCAGGGCAAGACUUGUGGCCUUUGUGGAAAUUUCAACAAAGUGCUGGCUGAUGACCUGAAGACCCCUCAGGGGGUGGUGGAGGGUACAGCGGUUUCCUUCGCAAACGCCUGGAAAGCCCAGUCCAACUGCCCUGACCGUUCUGAGAGGAUGGAUGACCCCUGUUCCUACAGCAGUGAUAGCGAGCACUUUGCUGAGCACUGGUGUUCCAAGAUGAAGGACAAGGAGAGCCUCUUUGCCCAAUGUCACGCCACGGUCAAUCCAGACAGCUACUACAAAAGAUGCAAAUACUCCAGCUGUACCUGUGAGAAGAGCGAGGACUGUCUGUGUACGGUUUUCUCCUCAUAUGCCCGGGCCUGUGCGGCUAAAGGAGUAAUCCUCGAAGGCUGGAGAGAAGUUGUGUGCGACAAGUAUAUAAAGGAUUGCCCAGCCUCACAGAGCUACUCCUAUGAGCUGCAGAGCUGUCAGCGCACCUGUGUUUCUCUCGCCUCUGAGCGCCAGAGCUGCAAUGUUGACUUUGUUCCUGUUGACGGAUGCGCAUGCCCAGAUGGACUGUACCAAGAUGAGAAUAAUCUUUGUGUACCUAUGGAAAAAUGUCCAUGUUACCACAACGGGCAGAAGAUCCAUCCUGGAAAGUCUCUCACUAUUAGGGACGAACACUGGUAA